UUUCCUCCCUAAUUACAACUAGGGAGCAGUGUGGAAGUUUCUUUCUUUCUUUUUUUUUUUCUAAAACACUUCUUCUUUCUUGAGUUGUUAUAUUUUGUCUUAGAUAAUCAUAAAAUGGUUUAAAAGUUAAAACUAUGUUACAUCGGUGAAAGAUACAACAAUGAAACGAGAAAUCAAUGUACUUAAGUAUGGUAGAUACAUAUACAUAUGUAAUGAUAUUUUAAAGUUGUCAUCUUUGAGACACCAUUCAGUUUACACUUCAAAAACUCCACUCUUGACAAACAAAAAUUCAAAUUGUGGCGGUACCCAUAAUGCAGUUUCAUUUGAUUUGUCUCGCAGUAGUAUAUAUCAUGACGAUGUAAAGAUAAGGAGUCUGGGUUGUAGUGGGAAGGUUUAUGAAGCAGAGAAGGUGUUUGAUGGAAUGCCGCAGAGAGAUGUUUUUUCUUAUACUUCAAUGAUUACUGUUUACCUUAAAAACAAUGAUCUUUUGAGGGCUGAAUCGAUAUUUCUAUCGAUGCCGGAGAAGGGUAUUGUUGCAGAAUCUGCAAUGAUUAGUGGGUAUGCUAAGGCGGGUCGAAUAGAGGAGGCUCAGAAAGUGUUUGAUGGAAUGAAGGAGAGGAAUGUGUUUUCUUGGACAAGUUUGAUUUCUGGAUAUUUUGGGAUUGGGAGAGUUGGGGAUGCUUGCCGGUUAUUUCAGGAGAUGCCGGAGAAAAAUGUGGUGUCUUGGACUACAAUGUUAUUGGGUUUUGCUAACAAUCGGUUGCUUGAUCAUGCUAAGGUAACUUUUGAGGUAAUGCCGGAGAAAAAUGUGGUUUCUUGGACAGCUAUGCUUAAAGCAUAUGUUGAUGGUUGUAGGAUUGAUGAGGCCCGGAAACUUUUUAAUGAGAUGCCACAACGUAAUCUAUAUUCGUGGAAUGUAAUGCUUCAAGGUACUUUAGAAGAUGAAAGAGUAGAUGAAGCUAUUCAAUUGUUUAGGUUAAUGCCUUCUAGAAAUGCAGUUUCCUGGACUAUAAUGGUGAUGGGUUUGGCACGAAAUGGAUCAAUUGAACAUGCACGGACAUAUUUUAAUCAGAUGCCCAAAAAAGACAUAGCUGCAUGGAAUGCAAUGAUCACAACGUACUCUGGUGAGGGCCUCAUGGUUGAGGCAAGUGAGCUCUUUAAUAAGAUGCGUGAGAGGAAUAUUACUACUUGGAAUGCACUCAUUGAUGGCUAUGCAAAAAAUGGCCUAGAUGGGGAAGCAUUUAAGCUCCUCGUUCAUAUGCUUAAUUGUUUCCAGGUUAGGCCAAAUGAAAUAACUCUCACUUCAGUAUUGAUAUCAUGCAAGGAAAGCACUUCAGAGUUGUUGCAAGCCCAUGCUCUUGUCAUACGACUUGGGUUUGUUCGAUCAACUUCGCUUAUGAAUGCUCUUGUUACAAUGUAUUCAAAAAUCGGGGAUGUCAACUCUUCUUGGUUAGCUUUCACUGAUCUUGAAACAAAGGAUGUCGUGUCAUGGACUGCAAUGAUAGUAUCCUAUUCAAUUCAUGGAUAUGGUUCCCAAUCUUUACAAGCAUUUGCAAGGAUGCUGAGGUCAGGAACUACACCGGAUGACAUCACUUUUGUUGGAGUUUUAACAGCCUGUAGUCAUGCAGGUCUUGUCAAUAAAGGUCAAAAGCUUUUUGACUCAAUGGCUCAUGCUUAUGGGUUGGAGCCGAAGGCUGCACACUAUUCCUGUCUUGUUGAUAUCCUUGGCCGAGCUGGAAAAAUUGAGCAGGCAACUAGGGUUGUUGAUACGAUGCCUCUGCAUGAGCGAGAUGGUGCAGUUUUAGGGGCACUGCUUGGUGCGUGCAAAAUACAUGGGGAUGUUGAAGUAGCAAAUCGCAUUGGAGAAGAGUUGAUUGAACUUGAACCGGACGAAUCAGGAGGGUAUGUUGUUUUGUCCAAUGUCUUUGCUGCAUGUGGGAAGUGGGACAAGUUUGCUCUUAUUAAAAAGAAAAUGAAGGAGAGGAGAGUGAAAAAACUACCAGGUUUUAGUCAGAUAGAUAUAAAGGGUCAGUCCCAUGUAUUUUUGGCAGGGGACAGAAAUCAUCCUGAGAUUAAGCAGAUAUAUACUAUGCUAAUAGAGAAGCUUUUACCUCUAAUGCAAUUAGAUUACUCGAAAGAGGCAGCUGCUAUGUUAUCAUGCUGAUACAGCUCGGCAAAAUUUUGUAAAAAUUCAACACUUGCUGAUGGAAUUCGGGAUUAGGUUGCAUAUAAAGCUUGAGAUAAAUGUACACAAACCCCGUCUUGCCUUUCAAAAAUUGAUGUCUGAGAAUUAUAUCCCUUAUCAGCUAACAGGUGAAACCAAGGAGACUAAACUCAACAAAAAACUCCCCGUAGUCAUUCACAGAGACCCGAACCUCAGGCAAAAGAAGAGUAGCCAGACCAGGUCUUGCUUGAAGUGUAUUGCAAUGGUGAUUUCAUUGCGUAUUCCGAAGUUGCUGGGAGCAGAAACUUCUUAGCACAAAAUAUAUGAACCAACAGUUUCAAAAAAAGACGGGGAAGAACGAGAAAAGAAGCAAUUUAUAAGUUUGUAUAAACAUCUCCAGACGGGGUUCAGAUUGUUAGCUAUAUUUUUUUCUAUAGGGUUUCGGCCCCAAAUAACCAAAUUUGAGGUGAUAAUGCCCCAAAUAUCAAAAUACCCAGUAAAUGGCCCUCACUAACCAUUAGUGACGCACAUGAUGUAGCGUCUUGGUUUUUUUAACCAAAACGCUACAUCGUGUAGCGUCUUAGGUUUUGUUUUUUAUUAAUAAAAUAGAAACGCUACAUUCAAAAGCGUUUAGUCACUGUGGUUUUUGUUCAGCAGGGAGUGUAUACAGGCAAGACGCUAGAUGCAAUGGCAUCCAGCCUUUCUUUUUUUCUCA